CUUAACUUGAAUUAUCUCUAGUCGAGCAAACUGUUUUUUUUUUUUCCUUUCUUAUACUGAUUUGACAAGUGGGGAAACUGAGGCUCCUGGGGGUAGGAGUUCGCCCACUUUGUCAUUGUCAGGGCUGGUCGAGAAGCUUCAGCUCUUUCCUACACCGUUUGUUAUCGAGAAACUGCCCCAUCGAUUUCAGACGGCGCAAGGACCGCGAAGAUUUCUUUCUUCAUGAUCUCACCCUCGCCUGUUUCCCGAGCUGUUCCACCUCAUUCAACUUCAGCUCGCCUCGCGCCAUGGACUGGCAGCCAGAUGAGCAGGGCCUGCAGCAGGUCCUGCAGCUGCUCAAAGACUCGCAGUCUCCCAACACGGCCACACAGCGCAUCGUGCAGGACAAACUCAAACAACUCAAUCAGUUUCCUGAUUUCAACAACUACCUGAUCUUCGUCCUGACCAGACUCAAGUCCGAAGAUGAGCCGACCCGCUCUCUCAGCGGCCUCAUCCUCAAGAACAACGUGAAGGCGCACUACCAGAGCUUCCCGCCGCCCGUGGCGGACUUCAUCAAACAAGAGUGUCUCAACAACAUCGGCGACGCCUCCUCGCUCAUCCGCGCCACCAUAGGCAUUCUCAUCACCACCAUCGCUUCCAAGGGUGAGCUCCAGAUGUGGCCCGAGCUGCUGCCCCAGCUGUGCAACCUGCUCAACUCAGAGGAUUACAACACCUGUGAGGGAGCCUUCGGAGCCCUCCAGAAGAUCUGCGAGGACUCCUCCGAGCUUUUGGACAGCGACGCCCUCAACCGGCCCCUCAACAUCAUGAUCCCCAAGUUCCUGCAGUUCUUCAAACACUGUAGCCCCAAGAUCCGGUCCCAUGCCAUCGCCUGUGUUAAUCAGUUCAUCAUGGACCGGGCCCAGGCGCUGAUGGACAACAUCGACACCUUCAUCGAGCACCUGUUCGCCCUGGCUGUGGAUGAUGACCCAGAGGUGCGCAAAAACGUGUGCCGGGCCUUGGUGAUGCUUCUAGAAGUGCGGAUCGACAGGCUUAUCCCACACAUGCACAGCAUCAUCCAGUAUAUGCUGCAAAGGACGCAGGACCACGACGAGAACGUGGCCCUCGAGGCCUGUGAGUUCUGGCUGACGCUGGCCGAGCAGCCCAUCUGCAAGGAAGUCCUGGCCUCGCACCUGGUCCAGUUGAUCCCCAUCCUGGUAAACGGGAUGAAGUACUCAGAAAUCGACAUCAUUCUGCUUAAGGGGGACGUGGAGGAGGAUGAGGCCGUCCCCGACAGCGAGCAGGACAUCAAACCGCGUUUCCACAAGUCACGCACGGUGACGCUGCCCCACGAGGCCGAGCGGCCAGAUGGCUCCGAGGACGCAGAGGACGACGAUGAUGACGACGCUUUGUCCGACUGGAAUCUGAGGAAGUGCUCGGCAGCUGCGCUGGACGUCCUCCCCAACGUCUUCCGGGAGGAGCUGCUGCCCCACCUACUGCCCCUGCUCAAGGGCCUCCUCUUCCACCCCGAGUGGGUGGUCAAGGAGUCGGGCAUCCUGGUGCUGGGUGCCAUCGCCGAGGGCUGCAUGCAGGGCAUGGUGCCCUACCUGCCCGAGCUGAUCCCGCACCUCAUCCAAUGCCUGUCGGACAAGAAGGCCCUGGUCCGCUCCAUCGCCUGCUGGACGCUGAGCCGCUACGCCCACUGGGUGGUCAGCCAGCCGCCCGACAUGCACCUCAAGCCUCUCAUGACCGAGCUGCUCAAGCGUAUCUUGGACGGGAACAAGAGGGUGCAGGAGGCGGCCUGCAGUGCCUUCGCCACCCUGGAGGAGGAGGCCUGUACGGAGCUGGUGCCCUACCUCAGUUACAUCCUGGACACCCUCGUCUUCGCCUUCGGCAAGUACCAGCACAAGAACCUGCUCAUCCUGUACGACGCCAUCGGCACCCUGGCCGACUCCGUGGGCCACCAUCUCAACCAGCCGGAAUACAUCCAGAAGCUGAUGCCCCCGCUGAUCCAGAAGUGGAAUGAGCUCAAGGACGAGGACAAGGACCUCUUCCCUCUGCUGGAGUGCCUGUCCUCGGUGGCCACCGCCCUGCAGAGCGGCUUCCUGCCCUACUGCGAGCCCGUGUACCAGCGCUGCGUCACCCUGGUGCAGAAGACCUUGGCCCAGGCCAUGAUGUACACCCAGCACCCCGAGCAGUACGAGGCCCCCGACAAGGACUUCAUGAUCGUGGCCCUGGACCUGCUCAGCGGCCUGGCCGAGGGCCUGGGAGGCCACGUGGAGCAGCUGGUGGCCCGCAGCAACAUCAUGACGCUGCUCUUCCAGUGCAUGCAGGACUCGAUGCCUGAGGUCCGGCAGAGUUCCUUCGCCCUCCUGGGAGACCUCACCAAAGCCUGCUUCAUCCACGUCAAGCCCUGUAUUGCCGAGUUCAUGCCCAUCCUGGGCACCAACCUGAACCCCGAGUUCAUCUCCGUCUGCAACAAUGCCACCUGGGCCAUCGGGGAGAUCUGCAUGCAGAUGGGGGCGGAGAUGCAACCUUACGUACAGAUGGUCCUCAACAACCUGGUGGAGAUCAUUAACCGGCCCAACACUCCCAAGACGCUGCUGGAAAACACAGCCAUCACCAUCGGCCGCCUGGGCUACGUGUGCCCGCAGGAGGUGGCUCCCAUGCUGCAGCAGUUCAUCCGGCCUUGGUGCACGUCCCUCCGUAACAUCAGGGACAACGAAGAGAAGGACUCGGCCUUCCGCGGCAUCUGCAUGAUGAUCGGCGUCAACCCCGGGGGCGUCGUGCAGGACUUUAUUUUCUUCUGCGACGCUGUAGCCUCCUGGGUGAGCCCGAAGGAUGACCUUCGGGACAUGUUUUAUAAGAUUCUCCACGGCUUCAAAGGCCAAGUCGGGGAGGAGAACUGGCAGGCCCCGCCGCUGCUCAAGGAGAGACUGGCGGCCUUCUACGGGGUCUAAGCGAACAUGGAGACUG